CUCGUUCGUUUGUCGAUCGUUGUUGGACGUGUUUUUUCCCGCUACCAGAACAAUUCUCCUCACGUGUCGUUUCUGAUUAAGAUUGACCUAGCUGAAAAACAGUGAUUUUCUUACCGAGUUUUUGCCUCCAAACCCAACCAGUCCGUGGAAAAUCCCUAAUUAGAGCUAAUGAAGAACUCUGAAUAUUCCCAACGGCUCCGGAGUAGGUAGUGACAGGCGGAAGCAAUGUGAUUUGCGGCUGGGAAAACAGUGUAUUGUAGAUGUCACAGCGAAGCCUACUACGACCCGUGGACCGGUGUUUGCUGAAGUGAUUAGUUCGUUUAAUGAAAACAUAUCUGUAUUGGGGCGGCGGCACUCGAGUCCAUCACAACGGCCCGGGAUUAGUGUUAUUGAGUUGAGUGGGCAAAGUGAGCAGGUGCUUCACCAGUCGGUCCUCGGUGGCAGGAAACUUGCUCCUUCAAGUGUUGUACGGCUCGAAACGAAUAAUUUGCGAGAAAGAAGGAAAAUAAUCGUGACAGCAAAGGAAAAGUUAACCCCACUGGGGAUGCACGGUGUGUUGGUGUGCGAGUGUUCUUUGCAGCGUUUUGGACUAAACCGUACCUCCUCGGAGUAGGUAGCAGGCGGUAGGUGGGUGGCAGAAACAUGGAUUAAUUUAAUACCCAUCGCGUCGUCUCGGAAAUCGAAGUCUGGCGCUGGGUGGCAGUGAAGUGCGACCGGAAUGUGACUGGCCGGAAAUUGAGCAGGAAAGGAAUGUGGAACAGAGUUGAAAUCAAUUCACACUGUAGACGAUUCGUGCGGAGGUGAACCGACUGGAAGUGUUUUGAAAACGAAGUGCUGCAAAAAUGUUGGUACAAUUCGUCAUAGGAGUAUUUUGCAGGAUACUGAUGCUGGAGGGCAUCUUCCCACUGCACCUACGCCACGUCCGUAUUCCAUCCUACAAAUUUCGCGGCGAAUCCGCACUGCUCGAGUGUCAGUACGAGUUGGCCAACGGGAAUCAGUACUUCCGAGAUCGGCCCGAUUAUCGAGGAUCUCGGACACAUGCAUCUAAUGAUGACUACUACAACGAUGGGGAUAGCGGUGGUGCCCGGGCUGGAGCAGGAAACGGUGCUUUCGGAGAGAAAAUCUACUCCGUCAAGUGGUAUAAAGACAACGAAGAAUUCUACCGGUACGUUCCGUCGGCAAAUCCGCCGAUCAAGAGCUAUAAAAUCGAUGGCAUCCGCGUCGAUCCUAACCAUUCCGACAAUACGAAGGUGCUGCUGCGAGCGUUGACUCUCAAAUCUUCCGGUCUGUACCGUUGCGAGAUAUCGGCGGAGGCACCCAGUUUCGAUUCGGUUCAGGGAGAGGGCCGAAUGGAUGUGAUAUACAUCCCAAAGGACGGUCCGCACAUCAACGGAGACGUCGAUCGGCACUCGUACAGCAUGGGUGAAACGUUGGAACUAAACUGCACCUCCGGUCGUUCCUAUCCGGCUUCAACGCUGCAGUGGUAUCUUAACGAUCAGUUGGUAACGGAUCCCGGAGUGUUGGUUCCCUAUCCACGUUUUCAGAACUCGCACGGCCUGAUCGUUAGCUAUCUGGGUUUGAAUGUGGUGGUGGGACCUCAUCACUAUGAAAACGGAAUACUGAGAAUCAAAUGCGUGGCUAGUCUGUCGCCGGUUUUGUGGCGCGAAGGCAAGGAAAGCAUAUUGCAGUGGGAGCAGCCCACCAUCGACAAUCGGGAAGCGAUGCUGCUCGUGAGAAGUGGCACCAUUAUGCAACGAUCGAGUAGCAGUUUUCUUCUGUUAGCUGGUUUAGUGGUUGGUUUGUUGGCAAACUUGUUAUGAAGUUGAGUGUUUUCUGUUGUCUUCGAAGAAGUGAAUUUCAAAUGUGAUUUAUUUUGGCGAGCUUACCCUUUGUUAUGUAUAUGCAGUGAUCAGUAGUUGCUUUUUGUGAGAAACGAAAAAUCUAGUCAGAAGAACAUUUUAGCAAUUUUAGAAUAUUGUAGUGUAAAUAGGAGAGAAUACAUGAUUACACAGCAGUGAGUAAAACUAAAACGAAGUUUGUAAAUAGUACGGAAGAAUAGGGUAUAAAGCAGAGAAUAAGAUUUUAUAGAAAACAA